AUGGCCAACGACGAAUAUGACUUCCUCUUCAAAGUGGUCUUGAUUGGAGACUCCGGCGUCGGAAAGUCCAACCUUCUCAGUCGAUUCACCCGCAAUGAGUUCAACCUGGACUCCAAGUCGACAAUCGGCGUCGAGUUCGCUACCAGAUCCAUUCAAGUCGACUCCAAGACGAUCAAGGCACAGAUUUGGGAUACCGCCGGCCAGGAGCGAUACCGCGCCAUUACCUCCGCCUACUACAGAGGAGCUGUCGGCGCCCUCCUUGUCUACGACAUCAGCAAGCACCAGACAUACGAGAACGUCACGCGAUGGCUGAAGGAGCUGCGGGAUCACGCCGACGCAAACAUCGUCAUUAUGCUUGUCGGAAACAAGAGCGAUUUGCGGCACCUGCGAGCCGUGCCCACAGAGGAGGCUAAGUCCUUUGCCAGCGAGAACCACCUCUCCUUCAUUGAGACGUCUGCCCUCGAUGCCAGCAACGUCGAGCUCGCAUUCCAGAACAUCUUGACCGAAAUUUACCGAAUCGUUUCGAGCAAAGCCCUCGACUCGGGCGACGGCGCCCAGGCCUCGAUCGGAACCGGUCCCAGCAUCGCACUCAGCAAGCCCGCGGAUGACAGCGCAGAGAAGAGCGGCAAGUGCUGUUAG